GAAAGAGCAGAUAAUUAUAGAGAUGAUGGUAACGAUAACUUCAAAAAAAAAAGAUACAGAAUAGCCAUUGAUAAUUAUACUGAAGGUAUAACAUCUAAUUCACCUGAUGUCACUCUCAAUGCUGUUUUAUACUGUAAUAGAGCUGCUGCACAGUUUCAUCUUGGAAAUUACCGAUCAGCAUUCCAUGAUUGUAUAUUUGCCAGAAAAUUCAAACCUGAUCAUUAUAAAGCAAUUAUCAGAGGUGUAAAAUGUUGUCUAGAAAUGAAGAAAUAUGAUGACUGUAUAAAAUGGUGUGAUGCUGCUUUAAUGAUGGAACCAGAUGAUAAAGAUGUGUUAGAUUGGAGAUCAAAAGCUGAUAAAUUACAGAAAACACUAGAAAAAGAAAUACGAAAACAAGCAGCUCAAGAAAGAAAAGAAGAAGCUGAAGAGAAAAAGCUGAUAGAACUAAUUCAGAGUAAAGGUAUCAAGAUAGCUGGAUUAGACAAACUUAGAUCAGAAACUAAAUUAUCCCCCCUGAUAUUAGCCAAUGUGGAAUCCCAUCAUCCUGCUGGUGCGAAAGUGAAAGUCGAUGAAAAUAAUAUUUUACAUUGGCCGGUACUUUUCUUUUACCCUGAAAACUCUCAAACAGAUUUUAUUGAAGCCUUUAAUGAAACAAAUACGUUUGCUGAUCAUAUUAUAGCUAUGUUUGGGAUUGAUUCAGAUCCUGCAGCAUGGGAUAUUGAUAAGAAAUAUAAACCAGAAUCUUUAGAGAUAUAUUUUGAGAAUAGAGAAGAAGAGAGGCUAUAUCGUGUAGAUAUAAACUCUACCCUACAUGACACAAUGCUACAUAAAACGUAA